AAAUAGUUAACUACUCCGUAACUUAUCAUUGAUUCUAAUUUUGAGAAAACCCGCCCAGGAAACAAACUCACCAGCUGUAUGAACAACGACGUGUCCAGCGCUAAUGAUAACCGGGCGGUGCUGACUGGUCUUCUUCACAGUACGCCAGACGAAAAAAAAAGGGAAGAAAGAAACCAGGAUUCUUCACCCUUGCUGGAAUAGGAAAUGGUGCCCUGGUUGAUUUGUAAAUCCCAUCAUCAUACUUGUGGAGGGAGAUACUGGUUGGUCAAAAAAAGAAGGCUGCCGUGGCCCCCAAAAAGCCCCAUCCAAGCGGCAUCGCUGGGCAUUAUCAUUGAAUAUUAUGAUUGGAUCUCAGGCCAGCCGCCGCGGACUCGCAACGGCAACCCCCGUCUGGGCACUGUAUAUGGGGCCGGCGACCAAUCACUUAGCGUUCUUUGUCACAUUCCAACAUGUCAACAACGCAGCCUUGUGGGUGAAAACGUGAGGGCUGGUGAUAGGAGCAACGCCCCGAAUUUAUUUGUUGAAGGACGUCCUUUCUUCUCUUCUUCUUUUACUUCUUUUUCUUCUUCUUUCUUAGCCUCAUGUGUUCCGUCGUAUACGAUUCGCAGUAAUAAUCUAUAAUCUCCAAGCUCCCCCACUCAUGACUCUCUACCAACGCCUCUCACCCGCCCGCAGCGAGGGGGAUCGGACAGGUGGCAGCAAAGGUACCACCCCGCUCAAACAACAAAAUCCCGCCCAAAAACCCCAGCUCCUACGCGCCAGCGAGCUACCAUCCUGGUACGCACACAAUACCUACCUCCUCACCGGCUACCGACCCAUCACGGGCUCCGUGCGCCUGUGCAUCGACAGCCUGCGCACCCUGCACAACGAGACGGUCAACAUCUACUCGCACCUGCUCCCUGCCGCGAUCGCGCUGGCCAGCAAUGCGAUUCUGCAUCUGUAUUUCCGCGCGCGGUAUCCGGACGAGGCGGUACUGGCGCUGCAGCACCGGCUGGCGGUCCACAUCUACCUGACGACGUCGGUCUUGUGUUUUGGGAUCUCGUCUGCGUACCACACGCUGCUGUGUCAUUCGGAGGAGUAUGCGGGGCUGUGGGGGAGGAUGGAUUAUGUGGCUAUCCUACUGCAGACGAUCGGGUCGUUUGUGUCGGGGAUUUAUGUUACGUUUGAUUGCGAGCCGGGGUUGAGGCGGGUGUAUUGGACUAUGACUCUCGCACUGGGAACCCUAUCCGCCAUCAUCGUCGUGAGUCCCAAGUUCCAAAGCAGCCGGUGGCGGAUGCUCCGGCUCGCCACGUUUGUCGCAACGGGGCUGUCGGGAUUAUUGCCCAUCAUCCAUGCCGCGUGCAUAUAUCCGUAUGCCGAAUGGAGCCCGCGGGCGGGUUUGGGCUACUACCUGCUCGAGGGCCUGGCGCUCAUUGUUGGCACGCUCUUCUAUGCGACGCAUUUCCCCGAGUCGUGGACGCCGGAGAAGUUCGAUAUCUGGGGGGCGUCUCAUCAGAUUUUCCACCUGUUUGUGGUGCUCAGUGCCGGAAUCCAUAUCUGGACGCUUUUCAGCGUGUUGGAUUGGAUCUAUGCGAAUCCGCGGUGCGUGAUUUGAGGGAGUUUUCUAGGGACAAUAAUGAAAAGAUUAGAUUAGACUAUGGUUAAGAUUUGGAUAGCAGCAGCUGCUUGGAUAUAGACUUUGACUUUUUUGCACCGGUGGGGAAGGGUGUUCUUUCAAGCCCCUUUGUUUUUUCCCUUCCGUGUCCAUUUCUGCGUCAUUUGUUGGGGUAGUUAGUCAGACUCAUUCAUCUACGCUGUAGAGAGCUGCAUAUAGAGGUUAUUAUUAGCAAAGGAGGAGGGCUUGGGAAACUAGAUCAGGAUAUUAUCAACCUCGCCAACCGGCAAUAUUCAUGCCUCAACUCGUGGAGUUUCUGCAUUGUAUUCAGCGCGGGGGUUAGUGGGCGGGCUGUCUGUCUAUUCUUUCCAUACCGGAUCUCUCAUGGAUGAUAGAUAGAAAAUGAUCCGGGG